AACAAUACUUAAGUCAAGAGGAAUGAAACUUAAAGUCUUAUCUCUACUCAUACUGACUGGCUUCUGUCUAACUGGACUCCUUUAUCUGGGCUUCACCUCUGGAUGGAUUAACCCAUAUAGCCAAGCUGAAUUGACACCAUGGUUAGCCCCAAUUGUAUGGGAGGGAACGUUUGAUCCCAAACUGAUUGAUUCAAUCUACAAAAAACAGAACAUCACAGUAGCGACUACAGUCUUCGCUCUUGGCAAAUACACAGUGUUUCUUAAAGAUUUCCUGGAGUCUGCAGAGCGCUAUUACUUUGUUGGGUUUCGUGUGCACUAUUAUGUCUUCACCGAUCACCCAGAACAGGUUCCUGUUGUGAAACUGGGUGUAGAACGUAAACUGACGGUGAUGACAGUUAAAAGUUCUAACAGAUGGCAGGAGAUGACAUUGCGGAGGAUGGAGAGGGUGGAGAAACUGAUUGAGAGCCGAUUGGUGAAGGAAGCAGACUAUGUUUUCAGCCUUGAUGUGGAUACAAAGUUCUACGGCCGCUGGGGAGCAGAGACUUUGGGUGAUCUUAUAGGUGUGAUUCAUCCUGGUUACUAUCAUACACGACGUGAGCAAUUCCCUUAUGAGCGAAGGCCUGAGUCUCAAGCGUUUAUCCCUUAUUCUGAAGGUGAUUAUUAUUAUUGUGGAGCUGUGCUUGGUGGUAAAGUGAAAGAUGUACAUGAGGUUGCUAAAACCUGCCGAGAGCAGCUGGACAUCGAUGCAGCUAAAUCCAUUGAGGCAGCAUGGCAGGAGGAGUCCCAUUUGAAUAAGUAUUUGCUGUAUAACAAACCCAGUAAACUGCUUUCACCUGAGUACAUGUGGCAGGACUUGGUACCGCAGGCAAAUAGGGUCAAAAUCAUUCGCUUCUCUCAAGUUAUUAAAAAUUAUGCAGACGUUCGUCCAAACCCAUAA